AUGAUUUGCGACUACCAGACACAGUCCGCCUUCAUCAGCCGUCUGCCGCGCGAGGUCCGCGAUGCUAUCUACUUCCAAUUGUGGCGCUCAUGUGGUCUUCGCCAGCAUAUUCUGUGGCAUGGCACCGCGGAGGACAAGCACUUCUGUCGAUGGUCGUGCACUGCGGAGUACCAGGUCGAGGACGAACUACAACGCGACAUUGAGAAAAUGAGAGAACAGCUCGGAGUCUCGCUGGGUCAGAAGAUAGUGCGAGACCGGCAUGACAAUGCGCCACGCUCUAAUGAGUGCCUUCAAUCCAUAUACGAGUCGACAACGUUCAUAUUCACCGAUCUGGCGACAGUCCAAAUGUUCUUUGGCGCAUGCGCCAUACACCCAGCGAUGAAGACGGCUAAGCCGGGGGUAACGCCCCCGGCGUUUUUCAAACAUGCCCGAAGCUUGGAGCAGUCUCUAAGUCCGGACUUCCCGGCGCUGCUGAUGUGUGCUAAUUACGACCUCCCUGGUAUCCCUCGUCGCCACGACGUUUACGACUUCGACUGGCUACGGUUCGACAAGUUCAAGAAUUUAAAAAACGUUUGCAUAUGGAUUGCAGCGCGAUCCCUCACUUGCGGCAUUGAAGCUAACAGUAGCUUCUGCUGCAUCAAGGAGUUCGACGCCCAGGGGUUGAAAAACAUCUUAUCCUCAUUCAAGACUAUCGAAUCCGUCACGCUGAGUACACCGCUGAGCCAAAGGAUCGGCCCUCAAGAGGGCUAUGUGGAUAUUGGUGCAGCGCCCGGUAGCUGGAUUGCGUAUAUGAUGGGCUCAUUUAUACCCACCCCACAGAGGAAGUUCAACUUGCACGAAGGGAUGGCACUUAUGAAGUCAUGA